AUGGAUUCUCAACAGCAAAGUUCUCCAAACACUUAUAUCAAUGUUGAUUGUGAAGUUAAUAUGCCGGGGGACAGACCGGUUUCACCUAAACCUUCAGAACAAGCUGAAAAUUUAGAAUCACAAAAAAGAGGCGCAGAUAUCCCAGCUAAGGUCGGAAUAUGCUACGGUCAACUAGGCAACAACCUUCCCACACCAUCACAAUAUGCAGAGCUGAUCCAUGGCUUAAAGGCGAAGCGGGUCAAGAUCUACGAUGCAAACCUGAAAAUCCUCAGAGCUCUCGGGAACUCCGACGUUCAAGUCUCGGUCAUGGUUCCCAACGAGAUUAUCCCCAACAUUUCCUUUGACCAAGCUUUAGCGGACCGGUGGGUGGAGACCAAUGUGGUCUCGUUUUACAGCGAGACGAAGAUCCGUUACCUCCUCGUCGGGAACGAAAUCUUUAGCAACCCGCUGAACACCACGUGGUUUCAGCUCGUGCCGGCGAUGCGGAAAAUCCGACGAUUCAUUAAGAAAUUCGGGCUGAGAAAGAUCAAGGUGGGGACUCCGUUAGCCAUGGAUAUGUUGGAGGCGUCUUAUCCGCCGUCCAGCGGGGCUUUCCUGUCGGACAUCAUCGUUUCGGUUUUCAAACGGUUGUUACAGUUCCUGGACCGGACCAAUUCUUUCUUCUUCUUCGACGUCUACCCAUAUUUCGCAUGGGCGGCGCAACCAACAGUUAUAAACCUCAAUUAUUUAGCUUCAUCAACCAAAUUGAUUUUGCAGAUUGAGAGGAAAGCUAAAGUCGAACCAGGGUCAAAUGUGUCUAAACCGGGUCAACACCAAUUAGGAGAAAGGAUAGAAAAGACCAUUUUGCCCCUCAGAUUUUAG